AUGAAUGUCAGACGCUCACCACCUGGAAAAAGUAACUCGUACACUAAUUUAUCGUCACCUAAUAACGAGUUUACGAUGGAACAACAAAUUACUCAUAGAAAACGCAAACAGCCAGAACAUAGUAUUUGCAAUUGCAAUUGUUCGUCUGAAAUUCAAGAGUUACGUAAAGACCUUACAACAAUGCUACAAAAAUUCACAGACACGCAAGAAACAACAAUGACCCUCAUGCGUGAAAAUAUAGUAGAUAUGAGAACCCAGUUAAAUGAUAUUAAAGAAGCUACUGUAAACCUGAACAACGAGCAAAAAUUAAUGAAGACCCAGCUGUCAGAUCUAGUAAUAAAAACAAACUAUACAGAUAAUAAAAUCCAGACAUUGAUGACAGAAAUUAAACAGAUAAAUAACAAAACUAAUGCUAAUGAGUCUGAAAUCAUGUUAAUUAAAAGUAAGACUGCCAUAAACUUACACUCAUCUGGCCUUGGGAAAAAUAUAAUGCAAGAAAUACAAGAUCGUACAUCCAGAGAAAGAAAUAUCAUCAUAGUGGGUUUACAAGAGGGAAAUGUGACUAACAGCGAGGAAGGGCGUUCUUACGAUGCUAGCGAACGUCAAGGCUGUGGCUGGAGGAAUCCAAACGGUGUCGGACUCAUGACCACCGGUGAAGUCGGUGGGGAGGCAAAGUUCGCCGAGUUCCCAUGGAUGGUCGCCAUUUUGAAGACAGAACCACUCUUCGUCAAGGAAAACAACCCAUCGGGUCAAAACAUGAACGUCUACGUUGGUGGUGGGUCCUUAAUCCACCCGAAUGUGGUCCUCACCACGGCGCACUACGUGGUCGAGGCCAACCGGCUGUUCGUUCGCGCUGGAGAGUGGGACACGCAGACCACCAAGGAACCGUAUCCGCAUCAAGAUCGGGAAGUGAUGAAGAUCGCAGUCCACAAAAACUUCAAUAAGAAAAAUUUGUACUACGACAUCGCUUUGCUGUUUCUCAAGUUUCCGAUGACUUUGGCGCCCAACGUGGGGUUGGUUUGUCUGCCAUCACAUCGCCAACGAGUUCCCGCCGGUACUAGAUGCCUUGCCUCCGGCUGGGGGAGGGACAAGUACGGAUUGUCGGGCCAAUAUCAGGUCAUACUCAAAAAGAUAGAACUGCCAAUUGUAGACCAUCAGACCUGCCAGAGGCAGCUGCGUCUUACCCGCCUGGGCCGUCACUUCAAACUGCACUCGACCUUUAUUUGCGCUGGAGGGGAACGCGACAAGGACACCUGCAACGGAGAUGGCGGAUCACCACUGGUGUGCCCUAUUGAGUUUCAAAACGAACGGUACAUACAAAGUGGCAUGGUAGCUUGGGGUAUUGGAUGCGGAGAGGAUGGCACUCCAGGUGUUUACGUCGACGUGGCAGGCCUGCGGGACUGGAUAGACAUGAACGUCGCUGCUGCCGGAUACGACACUUCUGUUUAUAGUUUAUAG